AGCCUCGCCCCCUGGUGGCCAAGCGGAAGUGUACUCGUAUCUCUCAGUGCGGAGGCAUUCGCUCGAUAAUGCUCUUUAAUUCAUGUAACGCGGACAGAAAAUCAACCGAAAUGCGCGCAAAUGUGCACGGCGUUAACUGUACUCAGAGUGGAGAAGCAGGAAUGCGGAAGUGAGGUUCCUCGGGCCGGUUCUCCGCAGCGCGAGGCAAAUGGGCUGCGAUAUUCUUCAGUCGAGUAGUGACGGGAAACCUCUGGAAAAACACACGUUCAGGGCUGCGCCGUUUCAGCCUCAAACUGUAGGCUGAACUGUUUCACUCCUUCACCCCAAAAAAAAAAAAGGAACCGUAACUGACCAGAGCUGAGAGUUUCAUUUCGCCGCGAAGAGCAUUCCUUAGGCUCUUAUUAUUAUUAUUAUUAUUAUUAUUAUUAUUAUUAUUAUUAUUAUUAUUAUUUCAGACCGUGACUCGGGCGCAGUAAGAAGAUCCCGCAGGAGCUACAUGUGACACAUUUCUGUGAAUUAUUUAAUCUCUUUGCGCCCCGCGUCACACGCCGACACGAACGACAUCCAGCAGAAAUUACAAAUGGAGGACUGGGAGUGAGCAUGCGUGUGCUGGGAGACGAAGAGCUGCGCGCUGGGGCCGCAGUCGAGGCGACGCUGUGCUGAGCGAGCGGCCCGGACAGUCAUGCGGCGGUGGGGGAGGAUCGGAGCAGGGAGCUCGCAGCGCAUUUCACGUUUCGCAAUAACUUUGAUGCCCCGUAGCGCAGGGCUCUAACAUGACAACAGGCCAGGGGUUCAAAACUUAGCCCACACUGUGUUACGCGCUUUUACGCAAAGUCGCGGUUUCUCCUGGCGCGCUAAGAGGCAUUACAGGCAGCUAAUUCCUUCUCAACUUUGCCAAUCUGGAGUGUAAUUGGAGUGUUCUUAUAUGACAAGACAUUAGGGUUAUGUCUUAAACAUUAGCACAUUAGUGAUUAAUCGAAAUUAAUUCAGCGUAAGGUAGACUGGAUGUGCUCUGCGAUGAUCUAAUUUACGCCGAAUAAUCGGGGCCAAAUCGACGCAACGCCCAUGACUUGCCUGACUUUACACUGAUCCUCUUCUCGCCCCAAAUGGCAUCGUUCCCCGAUUCCGACGUGCAGACGUGUCCGCUGUGUAAGGAGCUGUGUGGCUCCUCUGCUCCGAUCUCCUCCAGUUCAUCUACCUCCUCCUCAUCAUCGCAGACCUCCAACUCGUCUACUACCUCGUCCACACGAAGACUGCACGUCCUGCCGUGCCUGCACGCCUUCUGCAGGUCGUGCCUGGAGAGCCUGAGGAGCAACGGAGACCCGCUCAAGCUCCGCUGCCCCACUUGCGACCAAAAAGUACCCAUGUCCGAGUCGGGCUUGGAUGCGCUGCCGUCGUCCAACUUCAUGUUCAGCAGCUUGCUGGACGUGGUGGUGUCCGCCGAGGAUCAGGGCACGAGCAGCUGCAUAGGGAGCGGGGGUCUUCUCCGUGCUCAGCACGUGCUCUCGGAGCCGCAGUGCAGCUCGUGCGAUGAAGGGAACGGCGCGAGCUCGCACUGCCUCGACUGCCAGGAGUACCUGUGCGACAACUGCGUGCGCGCGCACCAGCGCGUCCGUCUCACCAAAGACCACUUCAUCGAGAGCCUGGCGGAGAACCUGCACAUGCCGGGACGCACCGGGGGCCACGGCACACCGCUCAGCCUCUCCCAGGCGUUUCACAACUUCUCACUGCUUCCGGUUUUCCAGGACCGAAUGGACUACUGUCAGCAGCACGACAACGCGGUGCUGCGUUUUUUCUGUGAGAUUUGCUCUGUGCCCAUCUGUAGGGAGUGCAGUGUGGGGAGACAUGUGGGUCACACUGUGUCCUACCUGCAGGACGUGUUGCAUGACUCCAGAGCGCUCACCAUCCAGCUGCUCGCAGAUGCACAGCAGGGACGACAGGCCGUGCAGCUAAGCAUUGAGAAAGCACAAGCCAUCGCUGAGCAGGUGGAACUGAAGGCCAAGGUGGUGCAGACAGAGGUGAAGACCACCACGCUGCGUCACAAGAAAGCCCUGGAGGAGCGCGAGUGUGAGCUGCUGUGGAAGUUGGAAAAGAUCCGCCAGGUGAAGGCCAAGUCCCUGUACCUUCAGGUAGAGAAGCUUCACCAGAACCUCACCAAGCUGGACAGCACCAUUUCCACAGUCACAAAGGUGCUGGAGGAAGGUCGCAACAUAGACAUCCUACUAGCACGUGAGCACAUGCUGAAUCAGCUGCAGGAGCUCAAAGCACUGCGCUGCAUUCUGCAGCCACAGGAGGACGAUCGCAUUAUGUUCACACCUCCAGAUCAGGCGCUUCUGAUCGCCAUCCAGUCCAUGGGACUGAUAAGCAGUGGAGCCUUUGCAUCAGCCACCAAAGCCCAUGGGGAAGGUCUCAAGAGAGCUCUGCAGGGAAAAUUAGCUUCCUUUACCGUAGUGGCAUAUGACCAUGAUGGAGAACCACGGUUGUCUGGUGGAGAUGGUGUAUCAGUGGUCUUGAUGAGUCCAGAGGGAAACCUCUCUAGUGCAGAUGUGUCUGACCACCAAGAUGGCACCUACACGGUUAGCUACCUGCCCAAGAGUGAAGGUGAGCAUCUUCUUUCUGUGCUUAUCUGCAACCAGCACAUUGAGGGAAGCCCCUUCAAAGUCAUGGUCAAAUCUGGCCGCAGCUACGGAGGUAUUGGUCUGCCUGUUGCAUCCUUUGGUGGAGAGGGUGACGGAGAUGGACAGCUGUGUCGACCCUGGGGCAUCUGUGUUGAUAAGGAAGGCUAUGUGAUCGUGGCUGACCGAAGCAACAAUCGCAUACAGAUCUUCAAGCCAUGUGGCACCUUUCAUCACAAAUUUGGCACUUUGGGCUCACGACCUGGCCAGUUUGACCGACCUGCAGGGGUUGCCUGUGACAGCCAGAGAAGAAUCAUUGUGGCUGACAAGGACAAUCACCGGAUCCAGAUCUUCACCUUUGAUGGCCAGUUCCUCCUCAAGUUUGGUGAAAAGGGAACCAAAAACGGGCAGUUCAACUACCCCUGGGACGUAGCUGUCAAUUCGGAGGGGAAGAUUCUGGUCUCGGACACGCGCAACCACCGAGUACAGCUGUUCGGCCCUGAUGGGGUGUUCAUCAACAAGUAUGGUUUUGAAGGUGCCCUCUGGAAGCAUUUCGACUCACCUCGAGGAGUUGCCUUCAACCAGGAAGGUCACCUAGUGGUGACUGACUUCAACAAUCAUCGCCUGCUCGUCAUCAGGCCUGACUGCCAGUCUGCUCGCUUUCUUGGCUCUGAGGGAACAGGUAACGGGCAGUUCUUGCGUCCACAAGGCGUAGCUGUGGAUCAAGAGGAUCGCAUUAUCGUGGCUGACUCCCGUAACCAUCGUAUUCAGGUGUUUGAACCCAAUGGCAACUUCUUAUGCAAGUUUGGGACUCAGGGUAGUGGCUUCGGGCAGAUGGAUCGCCCAUCAGGUAUAGCCGUUACCCCUGACGGAAUGAUUGUAGCCGUUGACUUUGGAAACAAUCGUAUCCUCAUCUUUUGAACUAGUGUUCAAGGUUAGAAAUAUAUGGUGGCUGAGGAGGAAAAAAGGUGGUUUAGGUACACAAUUAUCAGGAGCAAACAUGGCUGAAUGUUGACAAUGUGGCAGUAAUGUGUAGAUUCUUUUGUACUCAUCUAUAUCUAUUUAUCCUGAUUGUAGUAUGAUUUGUGCUGCUGGCGGAAGUGUUCAUCUUGUGCACACGCCAUUUAUCAAAGAGAAGGAGUAGAGCAAAAGACUGGUUGCUAGUAGUGUUGCUAUUUUGCUCUUGAUCUGAGUCUUGAAAUCUUUAUUUGUUUGAUUUUUUUCUCAGGGAAUUUCCAGCAUUCUUGAAACAUUUUUCUCUCUCUGCAUUAUACCUACCUCAUCUAGCUUGUGUAUGAAUGUAUUCUCUUGUGUGUGCAGCGUCUGUGAAGUUUUAUAAAGACGUCUACCUCAGUGCUAUUUUUAUUUGUCAGAGAACAUAACAUAAGAAAUGAAGCAAUGUUUGGUUGAUAUUUGCACAGUUCGCACAAAUUUCUCCUGAUUGUUACUGUGCACAAAACACAGGUAGGACCCCUGAAUGUUUGAGUACAGUGACGCAGUAGACCAGGGCUGCAUGUUGGCGGAAACAUUUGGAUAAUGUUUGGAUAAAUCUACUGUUUUGUGUUAUGUUUUUAAAUCGGUUUUCAUUUGUCGUACCUCAUCUAAACUUCUUACCUCAUAACCUAAAUGUACCUCUGUGUACAAAUGCCUCAUUGUACAUACCUCACUUUGUGUUGAUUUCCUUUAAAGAUAUGUAAGUCUCCCGAAAUGCAUGAUGGCUUAUAGGAUGGCUAGUAAGGCUUUUUUUCUGAAUUACUGGUAGGUCUGUUAGUAUAGAUUCAAGCCCAGAGUUUAAGCAAUGCAAGAAACUACUUGCUCCCUUUUCUGAAAAUGUUUUACAAAUGUUAUAGAAAAAGAGGAAAAGAGCAGAGAUAGUUGUAUGAAGAUUUGAAUUGUUUUUGGGACCUGGGAUAGAAUUGAAUCAUCCCAUUUUUUUGAUUAUUUCUGUAUGUCUUAUGUAUUUUUUUUAAACAUCAUCUAGCACCAUUUAAGAUGAAGUGAUUAUCAGAAUGAUUGGUUGGCACGUUGGUUUGCUGACUGGCUGUUGCUGCAAGCUUGGAUGUAAUCCAAACCCUAUAGGACGACAUAGUUUGCUUUGAUAAAAAAAAAAAAAAGUCCUUUCUGAAUGUCUGAAAUCUAUUUAUUGGCCAAGAAAGAGCUCUAAAAGUAAGAGCUGAAUUAGAUCUCCUCAAAGACCAUUUGCUCAGUCAGUGGAACACAGUUUGAAAACAUCAAUAAUCAACUGAGUGUGGUCUAAAAUAAGAGAUUUGUUUCUUUAUUUGUGGGGGAACCACUUUAAUGAUUUAAUGGUUGCCUGCUUUUCCUGAAUGUUGAUCAAAAAGAAAGCAUUUGAAAGCAACAAAAAAGAUGAGCACUGACAUCCUGACAUGUUUUCCUCUUUAUUUUAGCCCAUCUACAGAAAAGUCAUGUAAUGAAAAACCCAUCUGAAACUACAAGGAAAGUUUCGGUGAGAGACAGUGAAGAAUGUACAUUCUAGUACCUGCCAUAUCCUGACCACAUGCCCUUUCCAGGGCCUAAAUCCCAAAGCUGAUCUGUCAGGUGUUGCUUUUGUUUAGCUCCUUGUCUGGAUGGGCAUUUUCUGUUUUAAGCUGUUUCUGCAGAUGAAAUUUAUGAGAGCUCUUUUUUUCUGAUGGCGUGUACAUGUCUCAGGUAAAGACAAGUACAUUUACAAGAUGUAUGUGGCUUUAAUUUGACGUUAUAGAGGCUCCGCUUGAGCAUUCCAUUUUACGGCAGAACAUUCAAAUUCAAAAGUACCCAAAAAAAGCACAGCAGCAUUUUAAUAAACAAAACACCUAGUCCCUUAUGUUGUGUUGUUAUACUGAUAGUCUUUUGCAUCUGUUUGCUCAGUCAGAUUUGUCUUUAUGCAGCCCAAGAGUCUACACCUUGCCAAAUAGUAACCAUUGGAAAUGGUCAAGUGCCAAAACAAAGUGUAUGUGGGACGCUUGCUCAGAGGCUGCUCUUAAGAUGGUUUCCUAUCGAAUCAGUUCCUUAGUGCGAUUUCAACUCUAUGGAGCACCUUUUACACUGCAGUACCUUAAUAUGUAUGUUAGUGGAGUCAAAAUCUAACAUUAACUGUGCUGUUGUAUAUGAAGGGCCAUAUUUCCAAAGCAUCAUUGACCUGCUUGUGCACUGGUCCAAAUGCAGUGAUGGAGAUCAGUGGAGAACCUGAUCCCAGAGUCACAGAAUGAAUUAGUGGUGAUUUUACAAAAAAAAAAACCAAAACAUUUAGUUGAGUGCUAGACCUGUCGUGGAACAUGAACAAUGUGAGCAUUGGGCAGUAAUGAGAGAAAUUGCUGCUUCGAAAUCUUCACACUAAUUUCAGUAUUAAUGUCGGCUGUUUGAUUUGUGUUUGACGUUUAGCUGCAGCUCUGUCCCCAGAGAACCAAAGAAAUCUCUAAAAGAGAAACAUUUGCAUGCUUUAAAAGCCCUUGUAGGUAAUUUUAUUUGAAAUGAGGUGAUGAAGCAGACACUUAUUAUUAUAUACCAAAAAAAUGUUGUGGUGGACAUCUUUGAUUACAAGUUUUUUAUUAGUCUUUGAUGGAUAGCUUUACAGAGCAAGGUACUUUGUGUGUGUGUGUGUGUGUGUGUGUGUGUGUGUGUGUGUGUGUGUGUGUGUGUGUGUGUGUGUGAGAGAGAGAGAGAGAGAGAGACUAGGAGAAAGGUUUAAAUUCAUAUGCCUUAACACUGCUGCAUUGUAUUACAACUUUACUUUCCUCUUUUGGAAUUUAAUCAAACUGGAAACUGCCAAAGAGUUUGCUCUAUUGCUUUUUUGGUUUUCAUUUGUUUUUUUUUUUCCCUUUUCCUCCUCUAAUCCCUCACUGAUGAUGUCCUCACAGGUUUGAUAUAACAUUUACACUGAGCUUCACUAAAAUGAAAUGUGGGUAGCAAUGUCCCAGUAGAGUUGAAAUAGCAGUUGUGUUGAUUUGUGCUUGAGAAGAAUACUUUUUCAGUCAUACCGAGGAGCCAUCAUGCGCAGAGGCGUAGGCCUCCAGCGAGCAGCCACACAGAACUUGACCAUCCAGUAUCUCAUCAGUGUAUUUUCUAUGUGUGGUGGUUAUUAGGGAUAAUAAAAGUAAUCUAGUUUAAAUUAGAGAGAUAGUUCAACUUCUUAGACAAUAUGGUGCCAGAACAAUGCAGUAAAUGGGUGCACAUGUCUAAAAGUUAUCAAUCAGACUCGAACAUUGCCCUUCAGAAUGUCUAAUCACAGCAUACUGUCUCACGUUUGGACUUCUGGUCAGUGUCUCUACGGGUUUCCCACCAGUUGUGGUGUAUUCCAGCUUUUGAUCUGUUUCUUAAUCUUAGAAAGGCAGAAGUGUAAACAGUUCAGAAGUGCAUGGUCUUUUUUUUAUGAUUGUAUUACCUAAGAAGAAAAAAAAAAUCCCAAAAACUCAGGUAGCUUUAUAGAGAUUUGAUUCAAAGUCAAUAUUUGUUUCUUACAAUUGGAUAGUAAAUCCUUUGUUAGUACUCCAUAGGAUUUAGUAUCUAUUUUUUUGUGUGUGUAUUAUUGUAUUUAUCUACAAAAAAUAUAUUUGCUGUGUUUAAAUUCAACAGGAUCCUUUACAGCCAAAUUUUACUAUUUGUGUUAAUUUUCAGACCCAGAUUGAGGAAACAAAUUAAUAUCAGAAAAAUAGUCUAAUCAAAUCAGACAAAUGGCACUAGUGCAACAAUGUGGAGAUAUUUUUGAUAAGUGUAAGAUUACAUUGCUUACUUUAUUGAUGAAAGAUAUAUUCAAUGUUCAAUAUAUUACAAAUAUGACAUUUUUCCUCUUAUCAAAAUGUUUGUUUGUUUUGAUGGCAACAAUCCAACCAUUUAUACUGUAGUUUUCAUUAGACUUUCAUUAAUUCCCUGAUCACACAAUUUGGCUGUGAGACAAAUGAAAAGGGACAUGUGGAGAGAUUGCUGCCUAAACUCAGACCUGGCAUCAGUUUUGUUCUUUAAAAUCUGAUUGUUAGGGUAGGAUCAAAAUAGCAAACCCAGAUUCCAGGUCUGUUGUCUUUUUAGGUGGGUGUAACAUUUAGUAUCCUCCAAGAGGUUCUCUUUUGCUCCCUAAGCAGUAUUUACCAUCCAUAAAAUGUCGAUCACAAAAUACUCAUGGAUUUUGGUCUGCUGCUGUACACAGAGAAGGCUGUAUGAAUUAUUUGGUGAUCUACAGUCUUGUGCUUUUGUCUUUGUUGACUUUAAACAUUGUCCUAUGCAUAUUUUGAUUUUAUGUUCAGCUCUUUAUGCUUAAAUAAACUUGUUGGGAUCCUGAA